UACUUAGAGAAGCCGUUCGUCUUGCAGGUGCACCGCACUAUGUUCCUUCUCCCAUCAUGCGUUGCGUUUUGACGCUCUUCUUCAGAGGACACCGCAAGAGAUUGAAAUCAGUCAAAAUGUCUGACAUAAUUGAAGAGAAGAUCAAGAACUACAGAACGGCUCCUUUUGAUGCCCGGUUCCCCAACACCAACCAGACCCGAAACUGCUUCCAGAAUUAUCUGGACUUCCACAGAUGUAACAAGGCUCUGUCAGACAAAGGCCAGGACGUGGCACCCUGUGACUGGUACCAGAGAGUCUACAAAAGCCUGUGUCCCUUGAGCUGGGUGGCAAAAUGGGACGAUCAGAUUGAAGCUGGAAGUUUCCCUGGGAAAAUCUAAAUGGACACAUGACUUCUUCCACUGAUCUUGCGUCCUUUCCCCCGACUUCCCUUACGCACCUCUUAAUGUCUCUGUCAAGCAUUUUGAUGUUUCUGUAAAAAUGACUAAUAAAUAUUUAAAUGUUGUGGUGA